AUGUCCACGGAAUCCGACCACAAUCCCGUCGCCCAAGAACAAGAUGCCACCAUCGACACCGAAACACGCGCGGAAGAUGCGUUGAAGGGCCGGCGUGUUUCUGCCGGGACUCGUCGGUCGCGUCGAAAGAAGGACGACGACAACACGACCGAACCGGAGGAUAAGAAGAAAGAGACCAAGCCUAGGAACAACCGCCGCAAAUCCAACCCGGCGUCCACCACAAACAACACCACGUCGUCUCGUAAGAAGCCCAAGCUGGAGAAUAACGAUGCAGCCACACUGCCUCCCCCAUAUCAGCCUGCUCCACAGCAACAUCAACAACAUCCGCAACAGUCGCAACAACAACAACCUCCUCCGCCACAACCUCCGGCCUUCCACCACUCGUAUCCCAACAACCACCACCAUGCUCCUUCUCAAAUUCCUUCCUCGUAUCCUCUAAGCCAUUCACUCCCGCCUUCCCGACCACAAUCUCAACCGCCUCCGCCGCCGCCCUCAGUUCCGCAGAGAACGAGUGGCCAGAACUACGAUCCCAUCCGAUCGGCCUUGGAUGACACCGCGUCUCCGGCCCCGACCCCGUCCGCCACCAGUCCUCCCACCCGCAGUGCUUUUCGCGCCAGUGCAUCCCCAGCCAUUGCCAGUAUCAUUGACCCUCCCUCUACUACUACUACAAGUAACCCACAACCUAUUUACUCGCCUGUUCCUCGCCGUGCCUCUCCUCAUGUCCCCUCGAAUCUUUCCUCUCCCGCUCAUCCCAAGGCCCCGACGCCUUCUCAUCCCUCCCUAGCUCCAUCGCCCUUGCCAUCUUCGUCCUCCCCGUCGCAUCCUCAUGGAUCCCUACUUCCACCUCACCACUCUUCGCUGCCGCCUGCUCUUCAACCGCUACAAUCUUCACAUUCCUACGCUCAUCAAUCUCCGUAUCCUCCUGCACAGCAACAGCAACAACCUCGUUAUGAAGAGCAAAAGCCUCCCCAACCAGAAUCAGCACGACCAGUAGCCGAAUCCCAAGAGCACGCACAAGCGCCAGUCGCAAUGGACGUGGAUCAGCCAGAGGCCGCUGUCUCUCAGCCCACAAGGACGACCAAGAAGGAUAAAGAGAAGGAAAAAGAUAACCAGAAAGAGAAGAAAGAAACUUCCUCCAAACCUCCCUCGCCCAAGUUCGGUCGCGCCAAAGACAAAGAUGCCCCGUCCAAGCUGCCGCAGGGAUCGGGAUUGAUCUCAAAUGCUCUGUUUGGGGGUGGUGACAAUACAGAUUCAUCAGACGCCCCCACCACGCCCAACAUUAUCCUACACGUCCCCUUGAACGGCACUACCAACCGAAUCAUCAAUUUCGCGCGUUUGGCUGAGGAGCAAUACGGGUUUGCUGCUCUACAUCCACGAUUGGCCGCCCACAAGGAGCAACUGGCGCGUGUGGCUGCCGCAGGUGCCAUGCUGGAGCGGAACGAAAAGAGCGCCAAGGGUCUACUUUCUGCCGGUGAGAGCGCCGACGAGGAUCUCAGUUUGGACAUGGAGCGCGACAGUGAUCUCGACGGCGAUGUCACCAUGACCGGCGCAGCCAACAUGAACGGCGCAGCGGCUGCCGACGGAGCGGAGGGGAAGAAGAAGCGCCGCAAGAAGAUUGAAGACUACGAUCGGGAUGACCCUUUUGUCGACGAUAGUGAAAUGGCGUGGCAGGAGCAUGCUGCCGCCAGUAAGGAUGGAUACUUUGUGUAUAGCGGGCCUUUGGUGCCGGAAGGUGAAAAGGUGCAAGUCGAACGGGCUGACGGAACUAUCAAACGUGGUCGUGGCCGUGGACGCGGAGGUCGCAGCCGUGCAGCACCAGCUACCAGCCACCAAGUCCCUCUGGCGGCUGCGGUACCUAUUUCCCAAGAAACCGGAUUGCCUCUUCGUGGUCCAGGAUCGCGUGGUGGCAGUACUACCCGUCGCCCUCGUGUCAGCAAGGCUGCGCGUCAGCAGAUGGAGGCGGAAAAGGAGAAGCAAGGCAAUCAAGGCAAUCACAGCUCGCCUUCCUCUAAUGGACGCGGCGGCGGAGCGGCUGGUCGUGGAGGUGGGCCUGGAAGUCGCGGAGGUAAAACUCCAUCAGCGGCCAAUGCCAGCAAUGGCGGCAGCAACACCAACACCAAUGACUUAACACCGCAGCCGAACGUUGGUCCAGCACCGCCGGGGCCGAGUCCUUUGUCAGGACCGGAAUUGGUGAUGAAGUGA